AUGAGUGAAAGUUUGGGCACUGGUUCAUCAUCAGCAGAGGACGUUAGACGGCCUCUCGUCCCUCAAUUAGCUGUGAGAGGGAGUCAUGGAAUCAGCCUUGUUUCCUUCGAGGGAGGGGUCAAAGGUGAAUUGAGAGAACUGAGCACUUCGCAGAGCUGUCGGGUAUUGGUAUUUAGUCCCACUGGGUCCCUAGUGGCGUGGUGUGAUGGAUCCAGUGUCCAGGUAUUGGACGUUGCCAGUGGGACUGUAAGAUGUUCCAUUCCUAGACCAAAGACUCGUUGCCUGCAGUUCUCGCCACUGGCCACAUACAUUGCUCUGUGGGAACCUUACACUGCCCAGAAGGACCAGGCAGGACGCCCUAAUCUGGAGGUGUGGGACACUGCAUCGGGCCAGAAGACUGCAGAACUCAUCCAAAAGAGGCAGAAGGGAUGGUGUCCUCAAUGGUCAGAGGACGAAGCUCUGUGUACUAGGAGUGUUACCAAUGAAGUACACUGCUUUGAGGCUGGGACACCAGGUGCAGCUCUCUCCAACAAGCUGGUGGUGGAAGGUCUUGCUAGCUACUCCCUGUCCCCCUCCUCUCCUUACAAGAUAGCAGUCUACGUCCCAGGCAGCAAGGGUGCUCCCUCAUUUGUGAGGAUGUAUCAGUACCCCAGACUAGAGGGGGCGGGGUCAGUUAUUGCCAGUCGCAGCUUCUACCGGGCAGACGACGUCAAGUUCUCCUGGAAUAAGAAAGGCUCAGCAGUGUUGGUAGUGACAUCAACAGAUGUGGACAAGACAGGAUCCUCCUACUACGGUGAGCAAGGUCUUCUCUACCUGUCAGCUCGCGGCGACGGAAACCUGGUCAUUCUGGACAAGAAGGGGCCCAUCUACGACGUACAGUGGCACCCCAAUUCUGAGGAGUUCUGUGUUCUCUAUGGCUUCAUGCCGUCCAAAGCCACUCUCUUCAACAAUAACAGCGAUCCAAUCCAUGACUUUGGCACAGCCCACCGUAACCUGGCACAGUUCAAUCCCCAUGGAAACAUUCUCUGUCUCGCGGGGUUUGGAAAUCUCCGAGGAAACAUGGAAUUCUGGGAUAGAAAGACACUCAAACUCCUCAGCAAGCCACAAGCGAGUGACUCCACCCACUUUCAGUGGUGUCCCGAUGGGGUUCAUGUUGUCACGGCAACCACUGCCCCUCGACUACGAGAAGGAAAUGGGUUCAAGUUGUGGCAUUUCAGAGGUAGUCUUCUCUUUCAUGAAGACACACCUCCCAAACAGGAACUAUUGGAGGUGAGCUGGCGUCCGAUACCAGUGUCUUCAUUUCCUGUUCCUGACGUCACCCUCCCUCCUCCCCCCUCCAUUCAAACUGCCAGUGCCAACCCAGGGCAGAAGGCAGCCUACGUGCCGCCAGCAUUGCGCGGCAGACCAAAACCAUCUGGGACCCCCACUGGAGAUGAGACAAAUUUGACAAAGUCAGCUCAAAAGAACAGACGUAAAAAACAACAACAGCAGCCACAGCAGGUAGUGAGUGGGCAGAGUCAGGAGCAGAGAGAUGCUGUUUCUAUGGCAACCCACCUGAUGGGCGGGGCUGGAAGCGAGGGUGUGUCUGGUGGAGGAGGUGGAGAUAUUGCGGAGAAGAAAAUUCGAAACCUCAAAAAAAAACUGAGGCAGAUAGAGCAGUUGAAACAGCAGCAGGCAGACGGAGGAACGCUGGAGCUAAACCAGCUGGAGAAAAUCAAGACUGAGGACUCAAUACUAGCUGAAAUAGAAAAGUUAGAACUUGACUCAAAAUAGCGGUUCUGUGUGUAUUGUUUAGCGCAUGCGUUUGUUGUUUGUUUCGGCGCUAUGAUGUAUGCGCAUGCUCAGCAUCGUGCGUACCGCAGGCGUAGUGCAGUUGCGACGACGAAUGUUUGGGGCUGAAAGGACUCGGGCUAGCUAGUUGGAGAGAUGCCGAUAGCCGUGCAGAAGAUGUUCCGAGCUCUGGUGUAUCUGUCGCUGCUGCUGAACGGGUGCUGUAUCGGAUGGUUCAUGUUGAGUGGCCGCCAAACGUCUCUGGGGUCCGUCCGGAGCGGUAGGGGAACCGCCACUGAUUACGACAUUGUUACUCAUUCGUCAACACUACUCGGUUACCGUGGUAACAACAGCCGAGACCCCAGCAACCGCUGUCUGGUGGAGUCGGAGGAUUUCGGAGUAAACAACUCCAUUUACUCCGCGAGAGACGUGGCGGGUUUCGUAAACACACUCCGUA